AUGGGAAAUCAUAACACAAAAAAUACAUCAAAAGGUUCCCAUUCCUAUGCAUCAUCUUCAUCUUUUACAUCAACAACAUUAGCGAUUACGACAUCACCACCAUCAUCAACAAUAAAACGACCUUUAUUAAGACCAAUGAAAUCAUUAAAUUUAUCAUUGUUAUCAUCACUCAAGUCAUCACCUUUAUCACCAUCAUCAUUACAAGUUAAAAGACCUUCAUUACCAACCUUCAGAUAUGUCGAGGGAAGAAGAUAUCAAAACUUUGUUGGUGAAAAUAUAAGAUAUCAAAUGCCUGAUGAUAACGAAGAACACGAUAGAUUACAAAGGCAGCAUUUCCUAUUUAGAUAUUUAUGGAAAUCAAACUUUUCUUCUCCAAUGGAAGAUUUAUUGAAACGCGGAAAUUGUAAAACGCUUGAUAUUGGGUGCGGGCCGGGAGCCUGGUUGAUGGAAUGUGCAAAUGAUUAUCCGCGCUCUGAUUUUGUAGGAAUUGAUGUUGUGGCUUCAUUUCCAACACAAAUAAAACCAAGGAAUACAACAUUUGUUCAAGGAAAUGUUUUAAAUGGGUUACCAUUUGAAGAUGAAACUUUUGAUUUUGUACAUAUGAGGUUAAUGGUGGGCGCUUUUUCUGAACAAGAAUGGAUUAAUAAUGUAAUACCAGACCUUAAAUGGUACAAGUGUGGUCCAUUAUCAAAUAGAAUAAUAACAGGAUUAAAUAAAUUCACAGAAUCGAGAGGUGCAAUAGGGAUUGUAACUCCAAUAAUUCAACGUGCAUUACAAAAUAAUCCUUCUCUAACAAACUAUCAUAGCAUAUACAAAGACUUAAAUUUUGGUAGUUGGGCUGGGAGACUUGGUGAAAUUGCAACUGAAGAAUACUUGGUAAGAUCUUUACAUGGAUUACCAGAGUUGGCACCUAUUAUUGGAGUAUCGCAAAAAGAAUAUAAACAAAUCCUAGAUAAUAGACUCAUGGAGGUUGGUGUAAUUCCAACAAUUCCAGCUGAAUUAGAAGCCUAUGGUGGAAUAUCGCCUGAACAACUUAAUGAAUUAAAGCAACAUUUUUGCAUAGAAAUGGACUUUAUAUUAUUUAUUAGAUAA